AUGGCUGCCGCGCCUGCAGCCAAGAACGUCCAAGACGUCCAAGACUUUCGUGACAGCACGGACCAGACCCAGUCCGUCAUCAACGAGGACGAUCGCGACCUGCUGAAGCUUGGCUAUAAGGCUGUUCUGGAGCGCGGAUGGGGUUCUUUCGAUAACUUCGCAUGCUCCUUUUCAGCCUUGUACUGCAUUGGUGGAAUUCGCGUCUUGUUCUACAUCGCGCUCAGCGCUGGUGGUCCCGCAGCUCUAUGGAGCUCUUGGGUCUCUGGUAGCAUUCUGGCGAUCAUCACCGCCGCCUGUCUCGCUGAGGCGUGCUCCGCAUACCCCGCCGCGGGGUCGAUUUACUACUGGGCCUUUCGGUCGUGGGGUGGUGGCCAGCUCGGACGCUUCAUUUCGUUCAUGGUGGCGGCAUGGACUCUUGUCGCGUGGACAGCCUUCCUGGCAAGUGACUCGUUUGGUGUUGCCAACUACCUGGUGUCCGAGAUUCUCGUGUAUGACCCCAACACCAACUUCCCGACUGAUACCUCCGACGUGCGCGCUAGGGCCGUCGCCUGGGCAUUUUCGCUGUUGUUCCUGGGCAUCGGGACGUCGCUCAAUUUUCUGCCUGCGCGAAUGUACUCCUGGGUCUUCCGUGCAGGAGUCAUCGUCAUUAUUAUCGACAUGUUGCUGAACUUCAUCUGGCUGCCUAUCGGCGUCGCGAAAACAUAUGGUUUCCAGACUGCGGAGUAUGUCUUCACUUCGACAUACAACGGCGGCGACACAACCCCGGGUCUCAACUGGGUGCUGUCCUGGUAUCUGGUCUCGAGUUGUCUUGUGGGUCAGGACGCGUCGGGUCACGUCGCAGAGGAAACGAUCUCGGCCAAGAAAGCUGCUGCUCAAGGUGUGUUCUGGGCGACCGUCGCAUCUGCUGUGUGUGGCUUCCCUAUCAUCGUUCUGUUCCUCUUCUGUAUGCCCUCUAUCGAGACUUUUUACGACACCAGCGCGCCCCAGCCAUUCAUUAACAUGUACUCGAUGGCAUUGGGACCCCGUGCCCAUGUGGUCAUGACCGUCGUCUCCAUGAUCGGUUCCAUCCUCAACACCUCCAUCUCCCUGGUCGCGGUGUCGCGACUGGUCUUUGCCGUCGCUCGUGAUGGUGUCUUCCCCUUCAGCGAUACACUUUCGCGUGUGUCAAAGUCUAAGCAGCCCCACAAUGCCGUCAUUUUCAUCGCGACCAUUGCUGCGCUCCUCCUCUGCACGCAGCUGCCUUCUCAGGUGGCGUUCUCGAGUUUGAUCUCCACCUCGGCAGCGGGCUCAAUUGCAGCCUACGGUCUCGUUGGUCUUGGUCGGACUUUUAUCACGCGCAAAUCUUUCCGCCCGGGAUUCUGGGAUAUGGGCCGAUUUGGAGUCGUGGCGGCUGUCGUGACCUUCAUCUGGAAUGGCUUCUCCUUUGCGGUUCUCUGCGCACCGCAGUACUCGGACAGUGCUAUCAACCAGGAUUCCAGCUUAUUCAAUUACUGUAUCGUGAUUAUGGGCGGUGUUACUAUCCUGGCACUGCUCGAGUGGUGGCGAAAGUCCAAAUCUGACUGGUUCCAGCACCUGGAGACCGGUGCUACAGCGUCCACAAUCGAUGUCUCUGUGACGCCGAACGAGAAGGAAAAGGAUGCCGUCCCUGUUUAG